UCGUCAGCGUCAUGCACCGGUGCUCUGUGCACGCGUCUCGUGGCAUAUGUUUGUAUUUAUCCGGCAACAUUCCAACAGUGAAGCAGGUCUAUUCAUCCUCGCAAGAUGACAGACGAUGGAACAGGUGGCUUCUCCGUUCACGGCUUCCACGGCUCGCCGCACCGAACGCCGUCGCCUUGUCCACAUGUGCACGAAGUCUGCUCACCUCCGCAUGAACCACUGCUGCACAUUCCAUACGGUAGCAUGACAUACACCCCAUCUGUCUACGUCCCGGAAGCUUGCGUGCGGUCUUCUUCUCCGCCUCCCUUGAGUCCGCUGUCCCUAAGCCUACCACGAGUGAGCCCACCGCCUCGCAAAAGGAAGUCCCGAAAGCGUCGGAAGCAUUCUUCGACUUGCCCUUCCAGGCCCCGUCGUGCCUCUCGCUCUCAUAAGGGGUAUCCUCACGUGGAACAGUUAGUCUUCCCUCCUACUCCCGAUAUCGUUGGAUCACCGGUACAUCCUGCGAAGACACCGACCCUUGCGUCAACCUUCGGACCAAGUGACAGCGCCUCUCUUGGUACUGUUCUCAUUCCAGAUGAAACCUCUUCACCAGCUAAGAGACGUCACCAAAGGCGACGCAAGUCCGCGCCCUUAACGCGUGACACGUACGAGGACGAAUGGGAUUUAUGCGCUCUGAACCCCUGCAUACCAGUAACGCUUAUUAUUGCGUGUGUGCUGCUGCUUCUUUUAGGAACCGCCAGCAAGCUUCUUCAAUCCGUUGCUGGAGAUGUCCGUGACAACAAAGCAAUCCACAGCCUCACGCGUACGUUUAAGCCUGUAGUCCAAAGCAGCCCGAAGGUACUGGAAAUCGAGACUGGUACGAAACAACCGAGCUGCGCGACCGACGCUUGUCUUUGGCAAGGCCAGUAUCUUCUCGGUAAGCUGAACAACUCUAUAGAUCCCUGCGUCGACUUUUACUCUCACGUUUGUUCGUCUAAUUGGUUUGGCGAAGAGCAACGGAUUGAAGCGCACCCGUAUCCUUACAGCGCGUCUGCUACAAUGAUGGUGGACCUUUGGAACGAGUUCAGGAUACAGCCAACCGAGACCUCGUCGUUCUUGAGCCUCGCUGCUUUUCUAGUACGAGGUUGCGUCGAGGGCUCCGAUGGGAAAGACACGGAAUGGGGAACGUUCCGCAAAAUACUGUCGGAUAUUAUGAUCCCCGAAUGGCCGUAUGAUGCAGAAGCACUUCAUGUAGCACCAUAUGAUGUAGCCAAGAAGGCAGACAAAUUCCUGGGCACAGCGUCACUCGUGUCCGUUUUCCUACGUGAAAAACCAUCGAGUCACCAGGCCGUCCUUCACAUGGACUCUCCCCCCAUAUUGAUGCGGUUGUUCGAGACCGCUCUAUUUCCAGACGGCAUGUAUCUUGACGUUGUUGUGCGAGCGCUGGCCAUAAGAAGACCUCGAUCUGCGUGGACUCAGAACCUCGCUUUGGAUAUUGUUCGACUAGAACAGAAGAUGUCAGAGGCUGCUGCCCAUUCGGCUCGCAGUGUGCCCACCGUGCACGUUUCGAAGCCCAUAACGGAGUUCGUUCGUUUGCGGAACUGGGACUGGUGGACAUACCUGUACCAUUUUGCUCGCCCGAUUACAUCUGACUUCUACACCAGCAAGGUGGUUCUCGUUGAUCCGGCGUACGUUGACCGUUUGACGACUAUACUAAACCAAACCAGCUCACGUACUCUCAUCAACUACAUUGGCUACCGCGUACUCGUGUAUUUGUCACCCUUGCUAUCACCGAAUAAGGUGGGGUUCUUGGUUCCGCUCAGCUAUCCAUACCGGUUUGAGGGCUACGUGAUUCCGGAGCGCCACCAGGCCUGCAUGUUUCUCUUGGAGCGGGUUUACCCAUUUGGCGUUCGCUCCUUAGCAUGGUCGUAUUUGCUUCGUAAGCUCCGUCCUUUUAAUGCUAGCCAAACUGACAUGGUCCAUGAUAUAACGGGCAUCGAAGAUUUGGUUCGAUUCGAGAUGAAGCAAAGCGCCGCCACCGCACCAUGGAUGACGCAAGAAGAAUCAGAUAUUGCGGUCUCCAAGAUGGAACAUAUGAAGAUCGAGAUUAUCCCACGGUCUAACGAACGCAGCCUGCCAUCCUUCGUGCCUGUUUCUAUGGAGUUGAACAGAUUACUGUCGACAUACUACAAUCUCAUUCGUUUUGUGCGUACCCAAUACCUGGACGCUCGCAACUUGACAGUGUUCCACGAACCAUCUACUGCUUCAGAGACAGUGUUUUCUCCAGGAUUCUCGUACGAUCCAGAAGCUAACAGCAUAGUACUUUCACCUGCAGUGUUUGCCUAUGCCGGUCGAAUAGCGCACAACGUCGAUGCUACCGCGCUUCCCUUCCUGGUCGCGCCCAUGGUGCGUGGAAUGUUCUCCGCAAUGGACAUCCGCGGCUGCACCAUUGAUGCCGAAGGCACGCUUCGCAAUUGGUGGAGGCCUGGGACAGCCGAUAAGUUUCUAGAGCGGGCACGAUGCCUCCAAAGUAGUUUCAUCGCUAAAGCCAGGACGUACAUCCAAGACGGUCUCGACUCGUCUCUUUUUCUCGAAGAAAACAUUGCAGACGGCGCUGUGCUACGACCUUUAUACAAUAUUUUUAUGAAGUAUCCCCGAAGAACGGGAGCUACGGUACCAGGACAGCCCUGGAAGAUGACGUCGCGUAAGCUGUUUUUCGUCAAUUACGCUACCAUGUUCUGCGAGCCCCAGCGUGAUGCAUCCCACAUGAAGAGGCGGCUUCGUUUCAAGACCAGCGUUCCCGGGAAGUUGAGGGUAAACGUGCCGUUGUCUCAUUUCGCUCCGUUCGCUGAUGCAUUCGAUUGUCCAGUUGGAACGCGGAUGAACCCAAAACAGUCGUGUGCUUUUUGGUGAGAGUCAUCAGCAGGUGUUAUCUUCCUGUCUGCGACUGCUUUCUAUUCGUUGGCUGUCUUGUGCUGCGAAAGUUAUGGCGCCGAACAGUACGCAAAGAAUAAAACGACAGGCCUUCA